UCCAAUCGUGACCUCGAAUGAGUCAGGGUACAUAGUCCUCCCAUUGGGACACUUUUUCGCUUCCCUGAUAGAGUAUAUAGCGACUCCUUGCUACAGUGACAGCACCUUCUAUUACUAUUCAUAAUGUCUAGCUACAGAUCAUUCACCGUGGAAAUCGGCAAAAACGACCCGCCAAGUGAAGAAGAUUACAAGAAGUUUUUUCAAUCAUUCCAGUCAAUCCAGGAGCGCGUCAAAGAGUUUGGUAUUCCUUCUGGAGAGAUAUUCCAGCACCAUGAAGAUGAUGAAGGAACAAGCAACGAAUAUAAGUCGUCCAGCAACUCGCGAGGCCGGGAGAAGACGAAAUCGAAGAACAGAGAAGAGAAGCCGAGAAAGCGAGACAGCUCCUCAUCCUCCUCUUCAGUUUCACCCUCACCACGUGAGAUGGCCAGCGAAGGACCAACGUGGGCCAUUCCAAAGAUGUUCGGAGUACCUCUGCAUCUAGAUCCGAGGCAGAGCAGUCAAGAAGGAGAAGGCACCGAUAUGAGGCAAUUCUUCGAAGUUCCUCCAUUCUUUCCGAAGCAGUCAAGAGACCGCUCAAAACCGAAGAUGUAAAUGCGGGAACACUGUUUGGAUG